AUGCAGGAGACGAUCGAUUAUCGGCCGCUGAGAGCAGCUGUUGAUGAGAUCCGAGUGCUCGAGCUUCGACCGGCCAGAGAUCCCUCGAGGCCGCUCAAAGGCAGGCUUCGACAUGUGUUGUUGCGCGACGCCCGCUUCGAUGCGCUCUCAUAUGUCUGGGGCCAGCAAAAAGAUUCCCGAUCCACGAUCAGGAUCAAGUACAAGGCGCAAAGUCGCAAAGGCCUCCGGCAGACAUUGCUGUGCGAUCAUGCAUCAAGCACUUUCGACAUCAGCAUCGGCAAUAGUUUAUCGCGAGCAUUGAGAUCAGUGCGGGCGAGGGAUGGCCCCAUCUUCAUCUGGACCGACAUGCUCUGCAUUGAUCAAAGGCCGGGUGUCGGGAAUCAGGAGAAAGAGCGACAGGUCGCCAUGAUGAAACGCAUAUAUUCGCGAGCUGGCACUGUUCACGCUUGGCUGGGCCCGACGGUGACUGAAGACGUCAAUGUCGGUCAUGCCUUCAAUCUAGCCGCGCGACUGGCAACCCGGGUGAGGCAACGGCAGUUCGGAGACGUACCGAUCUCAGAUAACGACUGGCUCCAAGCCUGCUUCGCCGUCGCUGGCGAGGAUUUGGAGAAGCGAGAGACGCCCGACGGGUAUAUGCAGCGAUGGAAGAAAUUCGCAGAGCGACUGCGAGACGCUAUCAAGACAGACGCUGAAGCAUUGCACUUGCUCCCUAGCCUUAAGGUUGUCUCGCAAAUGGAGUACUUUCAAAGAAUCUGGAUUUUGCAGGAGACGGGACGUGCCAAAGCGUUGGUUUUCCACUACCAACAGCGACGAGAAACACCACGAACGACUUGCUCACAAGAAAGGUCGGUACAGGACGUAUUACAAGCCGCCUAUCUCAGCCCUCCACCGAAUCAAUCUGCUACAGAUCCUCGAGAUCUCAUCUUCGCCCGGCUAGGUUUGGCCAGUGAUGUGGCUCCGGAUCUGAGAGCAAUCAAAGUCGACUACUACGCAACAGCCACGGCAGUGUUCACUUCCACGUCUCGAUUCCUGCUCAACAACGGCUUCACCGAUCACUUGGUUAGUUUUAAGCCGUAUCCUUUUCUCCGGGAAGCCCCACGCAAUCUCCCACCGAGUCUUGCCCACCUAGCAAAGGAUUGGGACAUGCCGACUUGGGCUUACGACUGGCAUAUCGAUGGUCUGCACACCUUUGCCUCGUACAAUGCCGCGGGUGAUACUAAGCCUGACAUUCAAUUCACCUGUUGCACUGUCGCCCGAUUUGGACAGGCUUUGCACAUGAAGGGCGUUCCCCUUGGCCACAUCAAGACUCGUGGAGAAAGGUUUUCUGAUAUGGUCACGAAAGUGAACAUGGGAGCGGCUGAGAUUGAAAUGAGCAGCUUGAAGACGGGGAGGAAGGACGCCUCCAUUGGCGAAAGAGAAGAGCUUAUGAACAGCAUAAAGAGCGUUUCCCGCAACAUGAGAUUCGCCUUCACCGAAAGCGAGGUCAAUAAGCUGUGUAAUGCGAGCGACCUACAGAUGGCACGCUUCUGGCGAUGGUGGCUAUCGUGGGUCACGGAACUCAUUGAGAUGAGCUCCGGGGUAAGAUCAUCUCCUGGUGUCGAGAAUUUCAACCCGUCAGGCAAUUUCGCUGAACUGCUCUUCCGCGAAGCAUCGACAAGUCUAGACGGCGACAUUGUCGCACAAGUGUUUGGCAACACGGGCGCCUUGACGAGACUCGCGGAUCUCGGCCGUUGGUGCAGGUUACUGCUGUCUGACGACCCGGCAAUGAAAGCCGUUGGAAUCGAGUUGAUGGAGACGUUUUUUCGUUCUGCCUGGGGAAUGCGAAUUGCCGUGCUCGACACUGGGCAUCUUUGCUUCGUGCCAGAGGCUACCAACGACGAUGACGAAGUGGUCGUUUUGCAUGGUGUGAAUGCUCCGCUUGUGUUGCGGAGGAAGAGAGACGACAGCGGUGUGCAGAGCAUCGUUGGACCUGCACAUGUUCGAGAUGCUAUGCAGGGACAACUCAUGAGGCCCAGUCUCCCCGGCCAGAUGUACACAUUGCUGUGA